AUGUUCGUCUACCAGUCUAAUGGCCGUGUUGUGAUUCUUCUACUCUACGUGGAUGAUAUUGUACUUACGGACAAUGAUUCACGAUUCGUCGAAGAAUUUAUCGUUACAUUGGGUACUCGUUUUGCCAUGAAGGACCUCGGCCCUCUUCACUACUUCCUCGGUAUAGAGGUGACUUCCACCCCUCAAGGGUUAUUCUUGUCUCAGGAUAAGUAUGCAGCGGAUAUACUACGUCGUGCACACAUGGUUGACAUCAAGCCAACAGCCACUCCUAUGGCUCUUCGGCUCGAUUUGGCAUCGACUGACCCAUUCCCGGACAUCACCUUGUAUGGCUGCCUUGUUGGGGCCCUGCAAUACCUGACUAUGACUAGGUCGGAUCUCUCUUAUGCUGUCAAUUCAGUGUGUCAACACAUGCAUGCACCAAAUAUGGCCCAUUUUGGUAUGGUUAAGCGCAUUCUCCGCUAUGUUCAUGGGACUCUGGAUCAGGGUCUCUAUAUUGUCCGCAACAGUUCUUUGGAUCUUUAUGCCUUCUCUGAUUCUGAUUGGGCAGACUGUCCACUUACACGAUGCUCAACAACGGGUUUUUGUACCUUCCUUGGCUCCAAUUGUAUCUCUUGGAGUGCCAAGAAACAGCCCACCAUAGCCCGCUCGAGCACGGAGGCUGAAUAUCGAGCUAUGGCCUCUACUACUGCUGAGCUGACAUGGUUGACAUUUCUCUACGGGAUAUUGGUCUUCCCCAGCCUCGCCUAG